AGUCAGUAGAGAGGCAGUGCUGCACUGUGGAGGGUCAAUAAGAAGCAUGUAGCUCCACUGGCAAGGUGCCAAUGUUGACAGAAUGCUGCACUGCCAGCGGAUCAGCAAUGAGGGAAAACUGUAUUGUCAGAGUGUCUUCGUCAAGAAAGUGCCACUCUGUCGGAAGGCCAAUAUUAAGGGAGUGCUGCACUGUCACAGGAUCAAUAUUAGGGGUGUGCUGCACUAACAGAGGGUCAGUGUUGAUUGAAUGCUUGACUGUUGCAGAGCCAGGACUGAGGGAAUCCUGCAUCGUUACGGUGUCAGCAUUGAGGGAGUGCUGCACUGCUGAAGGGCCGAUAGUAAGGGAGUGUGACACUGUCAGAGUGUCAUUACCAAAGGUGGGCUACAGUAUCAAAGGUACCACGCUGAGUAUUGUUCUCGCGAUAGUUCUUUCGUAUCAGUCUGGGCGAAUGUGCUCGUGUAGUCUCAGGAGUUGCGGAGGUCACGGCUCUGGGACAGCCGUUUCAUCGCCCUAUGCUGCAGAACCUGCCCCGGAAGAGAGAGCCCAGAGAAUUGCCAAAGCUGUCCGCAAACAGUCAAUAGAAGUGAAGGAAAAUUGGGAACAACUGAAAAUCCGUGCGAGCAACUGGCAGAAACAGGUGGAAAAGGCGUUGGAGAAACUUCAAGAACUGCAGAAAGUUCUGGAUGAUCUUGAGGCUCAUGUGAUAACAGCUGAGGGGGUCCACACUGAUCGGCAACCUGUGAGUGACCUGCUUAUUGACUCAUUGCAGGAUCACUUGGAUAAAACCACAGGAAAAAAGCCUUGAAAGUGCCGUUUUUUUUUUGCAUGGCAAGCUGCUGAAUACGAACCAGUCUCACACCAUUGCCAUCACCUUGCCCUUGUGAAGGCAGAUAUGGAUAAAGUUUUCAAAGCUGAUAGAAAAUUGAAAGCACUCGCAUCCUGUGACCAUGAUUCUGAUGUCGGUAACUGGAAAACCUCCAUGGUUGGAGGACGAGAAGCCGUAUCCAAUUGAAGCAGCAGAGGCUUUUGCGAUGACUGUGGAAACCACUGCUUAUGCCUUGCUUCAAGCAUUGUCAAGGAAUGAUAUUGACUCUGCAACACCGAUUGCGAGGUGGCCAACGAUGCAACAGAACUAUGGUGGUGGAUUUCACUCGACGCAGGACACAAUCAUUGCCUUGGAAGCUUCAUCAUGACACGACAUUGCAUUUCUGAAGAGGGAAGAAGAAAUCAACAUGCAAAUUCAAUUCCAUGGUUUUGGACGUCCCAUUGAGAACACGAUUCAUGUGCGCCGGCAUAAUGCUCUGACCGAGAAAGAAUCGAAGUUUCCACUUGGAAGAAAGAUUCACAUCAAAUUGACUGGUCAAGGAACUGGGACACUGACUGUCCUUACGGGAACAGGAAAAAUGACAAGCUGGAAAAUUUUGCAAGUAAUCUUUGGGCCAGCCUGGAAUCUUCCCAUCCUCUGGCCAUGACCUUGUGACCCUGCUUGGAGGUUGUAGUUACAGUUUCAGAAGUGAUCAAUUCCAGUGAGGAUGUCUGUACUAAGGUGAAAGCUCACGCACAGUUCUUCACGACGGGAAAAAUGGCUCCAUUCAGACUCUGGAGAUUCAGGUAUCCCACUGAGAAUCGUUGUCUCCUUCAUCAUUCACCUUAUUCCAGUCACCUGUCCUGCUCUGUGUGAUUUCUGUCCAUUCUCUCAGUCAUGCUUGUCUGAGGGGAUAGCCACUACUGUAGCCCUGUUGUUGACUUGUGCAGUAUCCUCACAGUCAGGGAAUGCUUCCCCAUUCCUGAGAGAUUUCAGCUGGCUUAAACAGCUCUGAAAACCACGAAACACUUUUACAAGAGUCAGCGGAAAUCCACUUGCAUCUAACCUGUAAGUAGUUGGUGAUAUCUCUAUCCUCACUGCACUGGAUUAAGAGAGGAUUGUAACUGGAAUACUGAGGUCAAAACAUAUACCAUUAGCAUCCAAGCAGCAUUACGCAUACUUCCAUCAGAAUGUGAAUCAGAUGACAGGGAUUAUACCUAGCACUUGGAGAACUGACAGAAACCCCAGGUUACCGUGUCAGGAAAGUUCCAGUGAAUGAAGUGCCAACCGAGCACUUACCAUUCGGGGGCAGUCUGUGGCUAAAACCCCACUCACUGAGAGAUGCUGGCCAAACAGAGACUAGUGUCUCGCCAUUGCAGGUGGUGCCACCAGGAAGGGUGGCUGAUGCUGGUACUGCAAUUAAUCCAAUGCUAUUAGUGAGUCAUGAACAAAUUGGGGUCGUGGGAGAGGUUUUCUGGCCAGGGAAUCAGGAGGUUGUAAGAAAAGGUAGUCAGGUGCUAUCUGUUUGCCAUCGCUACUAAUAUGGCAUGGCGGAUCAACGGUUAGCACUGCUGCCUCACAGCUCCAGGGACCCAGGUUCAAUUCCAACCUCAGGUGACUGUCUGUGUGGAGUUUGCACAUUCUGUAUAUGUCUGCAUGGGUUUCCUCUGGGUGCUCCAGUUUCCUCCCACAGUCCAAAGAUGUGCAGGUUAGAUGGCUUGGCCAUGCUAAGUUUCCCAGAGUGUCCAGGUAUGUGUGGGUUAGGUGGGUUAUAGUGGAAUGGGUGUGGGUGGAAUGCUGCAAAGGUCAAUGUUGGGUCAAAGGGUCUGAUUGUACACUGUAGGGAUUCUAUAAUUAAGAGUUUUACUUCUCAAACUUUCUGUGUGAUAUCUGUUCAGCCUAAGUUAUUAAUUGCCCACUCAGGGGAGUAAAGACCAUUUACCAGCCUUCCCAAUCGAGACUGCAUCAGGGUAAAACUUGAAAGACAGUCAGGUCCGUACUUACACUCUCCAGCUCAAACCCCGCAUAAAGAGAGGGGUGUUAAAUUCUACCCGUCAUGUACAAAAUCCAGCACCUACGUGAUUGCCUGCAAAAAUGCCAUCCAUCACUGCCCACAACAGAAGAGUGAACCUGGCAGAAACGCAGAAUUGCUACAACGCAGAAGGAAGACAUUCAGCCCAUCAUACUUGCCAAGCUCUCUGAGCACUCUAAUUUAAGGCCAAUCUUCUACCUUUUUCCAAAAACCCUGCAUGUAUUUUUUUUUCUGUUUAAGUAACCAUCCCUCUUGCGUGCCUUCGCUUAAUCUGCCACCACCACAUUUCCGGGCAGUGGAUUCCAGGCCCAGAUCACUCACUGGUUGAAUAAAGUAUUUU